UGAGCUCAAGAUGAUGGCUAUUCGACGCUAUCAGCGAGCUAGAUCGACGCCGAUUAAACAGUCAAAUCCCGAAAAUUGGCUUACCGAAUUCGAAAGCGCUUAUUAUGGAAUGAAACACCAUGAUCUUCCUGAAGCGCAAGAUAUGUAUGUGAUCAGAGACUUCCUAGGUGCGGUUAUGAAAACUUCAAAGGAAUGGGUCAUGAUCAGACGAAACCUAUUGCACCAGUCAGAAUAUAAGAGCCAGACGAUCACGGAUACGAUAGCAGCUUACCGAGAGCAUCUAUCAGAUGAGAUACUCUAUCAAGAUACCAGCCUGAAUGUUGCAUUCGCUGCCAAUCUAACGCUUCAAGGAACCGGGAUUCCGGAUCAGUCAAAUCAAUCGAAUCAAUCGAAUCAAUCGAACCAGUCAAAUACAACAAAAUUUGUGCCGAAUUGUCCAUGUGGCAAGAAACACUUCUUCAAAGAAUGCCCAUACGUGAUCAAAUCAUUGCGAAAGGCAGAUUUUGUGGAAGAUCCAGAAAUCAGGGCGAAAUUCGAUGAUAUCCUGAGGACCCCGGGUGGAAGAAACAACAUGUUAAAGAAGGCAAUGGAACAGAAUAAGCAAGCUGGAGAGGAACAUGCCAUGGCUGCUAUACCGGUAGGAUUCUCUGCAACGGAGAUUUCGCUGAAGGAUAGUUUUAUCCUAGAUUCGGGUGCCUCAGUGCAUAUUUGCAAUGACAAAGCAAGGUUCAAGCAGUUGAAGCAGAAGCCAGGGGGCUAUCUGCGUGCUGGUGACACUACCGUGCCAAUUGAGGGUACUGGAGUAGUUGAAAUAUCACCAAACUGCAAAGAAACUAAGGAUGUUUUGAUAUCUCUGCAUGAAGUUGCCUACAUGCCAGGUUUUCAUACUAAUAUCGUCUCAGCAAGUCGCAUGAAGCGGGCAGGCUAUCUAUGGGACUUUGCGAGAGAUAGAGUAUUGAAAAACAGCAAAGAGAUCUUUAGGCUUGUAGAAUAUCAAGGACUUUGGGUCAUGGAGCAAAACAGCAGAAAUCAGAAUUCUGAAUUAACCAAUGAGGAUGCUCAUUCAGUGAGGUCAAAUCCCCAUGUUAAGCAUUCUGCUAAACCUCUGAAAUUAGCAGGAAAUGCAGAUAGGUGGCACAAGCGAUACAGUCACCUAAAUCAUGAAGCUAUUCGACAUCUGCCGAAAGCUGUUGAGGGUAUUCAAAUCGAUGAUUUUGAAACACCCAAGGACUGCGAAACAUGCAGAUAUUCAAACGCUCCACGUCAGAUUUCUCGAAGACCAGCAACCCGAGCAACUCGACCAUUUGAGAGGGUUCAUUUUGACCUUAUCGAGUAUAAUAUGGCAUGGAACGGAGACCGUUGGUGUACGCACUUUUAUGACGAAUUUACCCAUAUGCAUUUUGCAUACACACAUGCAAAGAAAAAUGGUUGUGUAGAUGCUGCAGUGCAUCUAGUCUCUUUAGUUGAACGCCAGUUCAAGAUGAAAGUGCAAUUUUACAAGUCAGAUAAUAAACAGACUCUUGGAAGAGACUUUCAUACUUUUACUGACUUAGAAGGUAUCAUUCAUGAGACAUCUGUGGUUGCGACACCCGAGCAGAACGGCCCUGCAGAACGCUCAGGGGGUGUUUUAAUCUCGCGAGCAAGGCAUAUGACGAUCGAGGCAAGGUUACCACUUGAUAUGUGGCCAGUUUCGGUAAACGCAGCAGCAUAUAUACUGAAUCGAAUGCCGACAAAGACAUUAGGAUGGAAAACGCCGUUCGAGAAGGCCACUGGGAAACGUCCCAAUAUGGCAAACCUGUAUACGUUUGGCUGCAGAGCCUACGUACGAGAUCAGUCAUUGAAUCAGAAAAACAAGACACUGAAAACGAAACCGCGAGCGCUAGGGGGCUACUUAGUCGGAUAUAAAACCUCAAACAUAUGGCUUAUCUGGAUCCCAAGCAAGCAACGAAUCGAAGCAGCGAGGGAUGUUAUAUUUGAUGAAUCAAAGCUUUAUGAUCCGAAUCAACCAUUCUUGGAGGAUGAGAUUGCGGAGGAAUCGCCAUUUCCACCAAUUGAAACGACCGAAAUCAACCGACAUGAUGAAUGGGAACCGUUGGAAGUUAGGGAUGAAAUUGAAAUGACACCCGAGGGGGUGGCCAAUGAUUCUGCCGUAGAGAGCGGUCAGAUUUCAGCCAAUCAAAAUGCUCAGAGCUGUCAGAAUAAGGUUAGGUCACCUGGCCAAGCCCCACAACCUUAUCUUACCCCGGAAUCAACUCCAGCUUCAAUGCCAGGAUCAUGGGAUUUCGACACUACAACAGAUCAGGCAGAUCGAACAGAUCAGGAUCGAACAGAUCAAGCAGAUCGAACAGAUUCACCAAGCCAGUGGUUGCUUCAAUCGCUCGAAGAAGCUACGCAAGCAGCUACGGAAGGAGAUAUUGAUCGCGAUACUACUCCGACGCCAGUAUCACGCUCAGGGGGUGGAAUUCAGGAAUCUCAACCUUCUGAGGCAGCUGUACGGCCAAUCAAAAGACGAAAUCGAGAAGGAUUAGAUCAAUCAUUAAUUAUUGAAGGCAAACGUGAACGUCGACCAAAUCGAGAUUCGAACUAUGAAUAUGGAAGCUUUGUACAAGCUAUCAAACUGCCCGAAGCAUCAGAAAAUGCCCUUCAUGCAGCAUUUACUGCAGUCUUGAAUAGGCAAAUCUAUCGAUCUGAAUUACUUCCACCACCGCGAAAUUGGAACGAACUGCUUAAGCAUCCAUUGAAGGAUGAUUUCAUCCUCGCUGCAAGCAAGGAACAUGCAGGAUUGAAGCAGAAAGACACUUUUAAAGUUGUCAAUAUCAGUGAAGCUGCAGAUCAAGAGAUUUUGCCAGUUAUAUGGGUGUUUACCUAUAAAUUCGACGAAAAUGGCAACUAUCUCAAGGCCAAGGCACGAAUUUGUGUACGAGGAGAUCUUCAAGCACGAUCAAUAGAGGAAAACCGUGCAGGGACAGCUUCCGCGAGAAUCUUCAGAACUUUAAUGGCCUUAGUUGCUGCAUUUGAUCUUGAUACAGACCAAAAAGAUGCAGUUAAUGCAUUCUUGAACGCAUUUUUGGAUCAGGUGGUAUACGCAAGGAUGCCAGAAGGAUUUAAGCAACCAGGAAAGAUCUGGAAGGUCUUAAGAGCACUAUAUGGCCUUCGAAAAUUACCUCGAUUAUGGCAGAAAGAGCUAUCCGCAAUGCUUCAAGAAUAUGGACUUGAAUCUAUCCCUGAGGAAGAGUGUCUCUUUAUAAGUGCCAACUUACUAGUCUUUUUCUACGUGGAUGAUAUUAUUAUCAUCAAUCGGCCUACUCCAGAAGCCCGCGCAGAGGCAAAACGAUUCAAAAUUGCCCUAGCAGCUCGCUAUGAGCUAAGACAUAUGGGAGAAGUUGCAUGGUUUCUGAAUAUUCGAGUUAUUCGAAAUCGACCGAAUAAGAAGCUAUGGCUUUGCCAAGAUGCUUACAUGGAACAAAUGGCUGCAAAAUUUCACCUCAACGACUUGACUAGAUGGCCUGAAACGCCUCUACGUACAAAUAUCGAACUGCUUCCUAAUGAAGAGCAAGCUACACCAGGUCGAAUCCAUGAAUAUCAGCAGAAAACUGGUUCCGCUCUAUUUCCAACCAUUAUUACUAGGCCUGAUGCAGCCCUAGCAGUCAACGAACUAUCGAGAUUCUCGAAGAACCCUUCGCCAAGUCAUAUAGAAGCAAUUGAUCGAGUUAUUGCUUAUCUCUAUGACACCCGCUAUCUAGCACUUGAGUUCAGCGCCAGCGAGCAUGCAGACGAAGUCUAUAUCGCUGCAAGUGAUGCUUCAUUUGCUAAUAAUGAAGAUAGGAAGAGUACUGGAGGAUAUCUCUGCAAGCUAUUUGGAGGUCCAAUUGAAUGGAAAUCGGGCAAACAACGCGCAGUCACUACGUCAACUACUGAAGCAGAAUAUGUGGCACUUGCAGAAGCUGCUAAAGCAACAUAUUGGUGGCGCAGAGUCUUCAAAUCAUUGGAGUUUGACCCAGGUCAUUCGUUUGCUAUCUAUUGUGACAACAGGCAGACCAUUGAUCUGCUUACCAAGGAUACUGCACAACGGAGCAAGUUACGCCAUGUUGAUAUCAACAGAUCAUGGCUUCGACAAGAGGUUCAAGAAGGGAGACUUCAAGUCAAAUGGAUUCCUACCAAUCAGAUGACUGCAGAUGGGUUCACGAAGGCUCUCCCAGUUCAAAAACACCGAGAAUUUCGCUCAAUUUCAACAUUGACCGCUGAGGGGGUGUGUCAACCCGGUAUUACUUUGACCUUGACUGCGAACCUCCCUGCCCCUGCCCCUGCCCUUGUUUCCUUUCCCCCUUCUCCCCCUCCUUCUCGUCCCUCCUCCGGUCUUGCUCAGUCGACGUACGCAACAGUCACUCAAACAACUAAUGCUAAAGGCCCUACCGCAUCCCAGCCUAGGGCCAAGCAAAAGACUAUAAUCCCUGCCCUAAACCAGCAACCCGAUUCCCGCCUCUUUGUACGCCUCCCGCCGAAUCACCUUACCAAAAAUAUGGAUGCAUACGCUAUCUACACUAGCCUCCAUUCCCAUCUAGGUACCAAUAACGAGGCCCUUAAGGGCGUCCAGCCUAUUAAGACAGGAUUCGCUCUCCUGCCUUCAUCUCCCGAAACUCUGGCAGCCCUAGAGGCACAGAAAGAGGCUAUCUUUACCUUCUUUACUACUUGCCAGAUCAAGCGAAGCUCCCGCUGGAUCUCGUACCGGGUAACAAAUAUACCAAGAAAGGUCGGCUAG